AUGCUCGAAGAAACACUCCAAGAUAAACCCAAAAAGUGCAUAUAUAAAAUAGGAAAAGUUCUAUGUAUUGGCUCACACGCCACAAAGCCAUUCAUCACAAUAGGUCCUCAAUGGCCAUACAGCGUUUGUCUUGGUAUUAUCAUUAUAUGUUUAGGCUGUCUAUUUGUAGGAUAUUUAUCGUUAAAAACUUACUUUAUUCUAAACAUUAUUGGAGCUGCCCUUGUGCCUUUCUGUUUGCUGCUAUUCAUUAUUACAGUUUUGAAAGACCCUGGUGUCAUUUCAAAAAAUAAGGACAUAGAUGAAGUGAUGCUAAAUAUAUUGAAACAGGAUAAACAUUUUUGUGAUAAAUGUCUACGUAUUAAAGACUUUAAAACAGUCCACUGUAGCGAGUGCUGUGUUUGCGUUUCGAAUUAUGAUCAUCAUUGCAUUGUUAUGGGGAAGUGCAUCGGAGGUGGGAAUAUCCGCUAUUUUUAUGCUUUUGUUUUCACAGGAAUGAUUGGGGUUUUUUAUUUAUUUACAGUCAUUAUUUGUUUAAUUAUAAAUACAACAGACUAA